UCCUUUAAAACAACUUUCGUAUUUGCACACAGUUCAUUCGCAUAUGACAAGCCAAACUUCGCGUUGAGUUUAUGAAAAGUGAGAUCAAAGUCAACAGAUUGGCAACAAUGACAUUGUUAUCCAUUGUUCUUUUUAUUUUAUCGUUUGAAUUUUGUUUGGGUGAGAAUGUAGACUUGCCAGGUAUUUCUAUUAAGCAUGGUAUGAAAUUCACUGUCAAUCAAAGCUUUCUCGGACAAUAUUAUUUUAAGAAGGAAGAUGUAACACUACGAACAAUAUUUGCAUCAGUAAACAUUACCUGUCGUGCAGAGAAGCGCUUUGAAUUUUCAUCGGAAUACGAAUAUGAAGAUAAAGCAAUUUAUUUUUUAUGGAAGAGGUUAUUAUUUUUACAAAGCAGCAGGUUCCACUUUAUUUCGAAAAGAAUCUCACCGUUUGAAGACUUUUAUUUCAACAUAAGUUUUCCAGAUGGUAAUAAUCAUACAGUACACAUAACUUCUAAUAUUACAGGUGUAAACAAAUACCAACUUGUGAUGUUCAUGGUGGGAUGUUUAAUCUUUUUUGCUGCGAAAUACCUCAGUAGGAGUACAGUGUUUCAUUAUUCUUCUGGUGUUUCAAUUGGUGUGCUAAUGUCAUGGAUGAUGAUUCUUAUCAUUUUGUACCGAAUCAUCCCUUACAAGCGUGUCAUGACAGCUUUACUGGUGUCCGGUACAACACUUGGUUUUUACUUUAUGGAAAGUAUCAUGGAGACAACAUUCUAUCUGCUAUCAGAAUAUCCAUAUGAACUUUUUGCAGUCACAAGUGCAUUUGCUUUGAUGUCAAUGGCUUUAAUUUAUUACUUUGGUCCACCGUCUAACGAUCGCAGUUUGAAUUUGCUGCAAUGGUUUCUGCAGGUUAUUGCAUGUUAUUGUAUUUACCAAAGCAGUUAUUGUAAGGAGUUCUCAGUGACAGCGGUUGUGACAGUGGUGCUAAUUUAUCUGCUACAGCAGUUUGUGAAUACGUACACUGUAGUUGCGAAGCUCUUUGUGUUGAUCAUACCACGCAAAUGGUUGUCAUGGUACUUCCGCCCUCCAACGCGUGUUUAUCUCACACAACAACAAUACGACGAACAAGGCGUAAUUGAAACAGAGCGUGCACUGAAAGAAUUGUCAAAAUAUUGUUCAAGUCCAAAGUGUGAUUCUUGGAAGGUCGUGUCCAGACUAAAAGACCCCAAAAAAUUCGCAAAUUUUUUGAUGGAUGGGCAACAGUUUACAGCGGAAGAAGCGGAGGCCUAUGAACAAUUCGAUAGUAGUGAUUAUGAUGUAGAAAAUAACUUGAAUUCCUCGAUCAGUAGUAUGCGAGAAGAAGCGGCUAAUACUUGUGGUAACUGGAUUAGCGAGGACGAAUCAGAAGAGAUAUCGUUGCUGUCUUCAGAUGAAUAAGGCUUUUAGCAAUUUCCGUGUAAUUUAACAUAAAGCCAGAUGUUAUCAAACGGAUAGCAAAAUUGAUUCAAUAAAUUGCACGAAAAUCUUUUAAAAUUAUUUAUUAGAUAUAAAUAUUUACGACAUAGUUAUCUAGCUAUUUUAAAAAAAUAAAAUUUUUAAACCUUGUAUUCUCAAAAUAUUUUUUUUGUCUUUUGUGCAUAUAUAAAUAUUUUGGUUCUAUUUU